AUGACUUGGGAGAACUUUGAGGUAAAGACUGAAGACUUUAUUGCCCAUGUCGAGAUCAACAGACCCCGUGUUUUUAACGCUUUCAACAAGCCGACUUGGAGAGAAUACAGAGAGGUAUUACUCCAUCUUGACCAAUCAAACGAUGUUAAAGUGAUAAUCCUUUCGGGUAAAGGAGCCAAUUUUUCAUCAGGAUUGGACCUAAGAGACGCUUUCAAAGAGUUUGUCGACAUUGGUAGUCACAAGGACGGCCGGACUCAAGAAAGGUUACUCCUUGAACAUGUCAACGAGUUUCAAAAAUGCAUCGGAACCCCAGCAGAGAUUAACACGCCCGUUAUAUGUUUGAUUCACGGGAUUGCCUACGGAUUGGCAAUUGAUAUUGCGUCUGCUGUGGCAAUUCGCUUGGUCACCAAGGAUGCAAAACUUGGCAUUAAGGAGAUCAGCGUCGGAAUUACUGCCGACAUAGGCACUCUGCAAAGACUGCCACAUAUUGCCGGAAACUCAUCUUUGGUAAAUCAGUUGGCUCUAACCGGUCAAGAAUUUGACUACCGAGUUGCUGAAAAGCUAGGUUUGGUCAGUGAGGUUGUAGCCUCUAAGCAGGACGGGUUGCAAACAUGUUUUAAGAUUGCUAGGGAGAUUGCUCAACAUCAGACUUGGUGCAUCUCAGGCACCAAGCAGAUGCUUCAACAAAUGUUAGAUGGCAGCAAUACCGUAGAUCAGGGUUUAAAGAAUGUGGCCGUUUACAGUUCUAGGAACUUGAAACCAGAGGCCUUUAUCAAAUUAUUAUCGAAUAUGUUUGGCAAGAACAAAUCCAAACUAUAA